GAAGGAGUAUAUAUUUUUUUGUUGUGAUGAAGAUAGAGAAGAAGAGGGGUUGAAGUUGAGGUUGAGGUUGAGGUUGUGUUGUGUUGUGUUGUGUUGUCCGCCUGUUGGUUCAUCGAUUAUCGCGCCCACCCCUCACGAGCGUUUCUUCAUCUCUCUCUCUCAUCUCCACACCACUUGUAUUUGCUGUACCAUUUUUAUACUUCCACCUAUCAUCUUUCUCUCUCUGAUAAUCACUCGCACUAUCAUCGCUUCCCCCAAUCACAAAUGCUCAGAUUCUUCCACCCAUUCACAGAUUGUUAACCCAUACCCCUUUUCCCGAUCCCCAAUCGGUGGAUUUAAGUUCUACAGAAAAGACUCUGAAGAAGAAAAAAGAAAAAAAAGAUGAAACGAGAAUACCCACAGCAGGAUUACACCUUCUUUAAUGGCGGCAGUUCCACUUCCGCUUCCGCCUCCACCGCCGCCGCCUCUGGUUCUGGGUUUUCAGAUGUCACCGGGAAAUCGAAGAUGUGGGAUGAGGUUGAAGAGCAAGACGCCGGCGUUGAUGAGCUGUUGGCGGUGCUUGGGUACAAAGUUAAGUCGUCUGAUAUGGCUGAUGUUGCGCAAAAGAUCGAGCAUCUGGAAGGUGUUUUGGGGAACGAUGAUGGGUUGUCUCAGCUUGCUUCUGAUUCUGUUCAUUAUAACCCUUCAGAUCUAUCUUCGUGGCUUGAAUCAAUGAUUUGUGAGCUGAACCCCACAAAUCAACCCACUGUUAUAGAUGAUUCGUUUGUGAACAAUACCUCCUCUGUAACUCCGUCAGCUGUGGACUCAUCUUCUGUCUUCGUUGACGAUCUACAAAGGAUCCCCGGAAACGCAAUUUAUCCUCCGGCGAAAAAACAAAAACCCUCUUCUCCGUCGACCGGUGCCUCCUCCUCGUACAAUCCGAACCCGAUUGUUCUUGUGGAUACACAGGAAAACGGGAUCCGACUUGUUCAUACUCUGAUGGCUUGCGCCGAAGCUGUCCAGCAAGACGACUUGAAACUAGCUGAAACCUUGGUGAAACAAGCCGGAAUUUUAGCUGUCUCUCAAGCCGGAGCUAUGAGGAAAGUUGCGACGUAUUUUGCCGAAGCUCUUGCUCGAAGAAUCUACCGGCUAUACCCUAAAACGCCACAAGAUUCGCCGGCGUUCCAAGAUCUUCUUCAGAUGCAUUUUUACGAAACCUGCCCUUAUCUCAAAUUUGCCCAUUUUACGGCGAAUCAAGCUAUCUUAGAAGCUUUUGCAGGUAAGAAGAAGGUUCAUGUGAUCGAUUUUAGCAUGAAACAGGGUAUGCAGUGGCCGGCUCUGAUGCAGGCUUUGGCUCUUCGACCCGGAGGUCCGCCCACUUUCCGAUUAACCGGAAUUGGGCCACCAUCAGGUGAUAAUACGGAUCAUUUGCAGGAGGUUGGUUGGAAAUUGGCUCAAUUGGCUGAUACAAUUCAUGUGGAGUUUGAGUACAGGGGUUUUCUUGCUGAAAGCUUGGCUGAUCUUGAACCCUCGAUGCUUGAUUUAAGAGAAGAUGAAGUUGUCGCAGUUAACUCAGUUUUUGAGUUGCAUCAGUUGUUGGCUAGACCGGGCGCCGUCGAGAAGGUCUUAUCGGCGGUGAAGGAGAUGAAGCCGGAGAUUUUAACAGUGGUGGAGCAAGAAGCUAAUCAUAACGGACCGGUGUUCUUGGAACGAUUCACCGAGUCUUUACAUUACUAUUCCACCCUUUUUGACUCGCUUGAAAGCAGUGGCAACGGCGGCGGAGUGGUGGAAGGUGGUGGUAUUCCGGCGGCGAGUAACCAAGAUAAGAUUAUGUCGGAGGUGUAUCUUGGUAAACAGAUCUGUAACGUGGUUGCGUGUGAAGGACCAGACCGAGUUGAAAGGCACCAGACGUUGAGUCAAUGGAAGACUCGGUUUGAAUCGGGUGGGUUUGAAGCGGUUCAUCUGGGUUCCAACGCCUACAAACAAGCUAGUAUGUUGUUAGCUCUGUUCGCCGGCGGCGAUGGCUACAGGGUGGAGGAAAACAACGGUUGUUUGAUGUUGGGUUGGCAUACACGGCCACUAAUCACGACAUCGGCGUGGAAGCUCCGGUGAACUCGACUGGGUCAACUCGGUGAAUAAUACCUAACGAGUUGGUUCAAACUCAGUGCCAGCCUGGAAAAACAGAAAUCGCGAGUUGCUGAGUUGGAGAACUGAAACUCAAUAGGUGGGGGCCACUUGCCCACAUCUGGGUAUUUUGUUUAUUUUAAUUACCAAAGUAAUUUUUUUUUUUUUUUUUUAUGUUUAUCUUUUAUUUUCUAUUUUAAAUUGGGAGUUGGUGGGUUAAAUUGGAAUUAGAUUUAAGUCGUGUGAGUGGAAUGGAAUCUUGUAAUUUUCUCAAGGGGUUGAAUGAAAAUAGGGUCAAUGUGAAUUUUAUAGUA